UUGACGUCGUUAUGUAACUUCCGUUAAGGCGCUGGCAUCGCUUGCCUUGUUUCCUUUAACACUGUGCGUCAAGCGCGGUGCGGUGUGUGGAACGGUUACCAUCGGAUUUUAGACAUUAAAAUGUUCUCAUCCCUUCUGGAAGCGGCGCGGAACUCGCCGUUCCGCGGCCCGCUGUCGACUACUCACUGUGAGCCAGCACUUCCGGCUGCUGAGACACAGGGCAUGGCCGCGUCGACCGUGGCCACGGGUGACUCCUGCGAGUUCGGCUCCUCCAAAUACUUCGCGCUUUGCGGGUUAGGUGGCAUCUUGUCUUGCGGUAUCACACACACUGCAGUCGUACCGCUCGACUUGGUGAAAUGCCGUCUCCAAGUGGAUCCUGACAAGUACAAGAAUGUAGUCACUGGUUUCAAGGUUUCAGUGAGGGAGGAGGGCAUGAGAGGACUCGCCAAGGGAUGGGCGCCUACUUUCAUUGGAUACUCACUACAGGGUCUCUGCAAGUUCGGUCUAUACGAGGUGUUCAAGGUGGGCUACUCUGGUAUGCUUGAUGAGGAGACAGCGUACACAUACCGUACCUUCGUGUACUUAGCCGCUUCAGCAUCUGCUGAAUUCUUCGCUGAUAUCGCCCUGUCGCCGCUGGAGGCCGCUAAGGUCAGAAUUCAAACUAUGCCUGGGUUCGCGAGUACGCUUCGUGAGGCAUGGCCGAAGAUGGUCCAGAAUGAGGGCUACGGUACUUUCUACAAGGGGCUCGCUCCUCUCUGGGGUCGCCAGAUCCCCUACACCAUGAUGAAGUUCGCCUGCUUCGAGAAAACUGUCGAACUUCUUUACAAGUACGUGGUGCCCAAGCCCCGUGAGCAGUGCUCGAAGGGCGAGCAGCUGGUGGUGACAUUCGCAGCCGGAUACAUCGCCGGUGUGUUCUGCGCCAUCGUCUCCCACCCCGCCGACACCGUCGUCUCCAAGCUCAACCAGGACAAGACCGCGACUAUCGGCUCUAUUAUCGGCAAGCUGGGUAUGGCUGGUGUAUGGAAGGGACUCGGACCCAGAAUAAUCAUGAUCGGUACCCUCACCGCGCUGCAGUGGUUCAUCUACGACGCCGUCAAGGUAUGGCUGAGGAUGCCCCGACCACCACCCCCAGAAAUGCCAGAAUCGAUGAAGAGGCGCCUUGAAGCUGAAGAAGCGAAGUCCAAGUGAAAUAGUUCAAUUACAUAGGAAGUUAACACCGGCGGGCUUAGAUGAUAACAUAAUGAUUAAAAAUCAACUCAAUCAUAACAGGAUGACUAAAUUGAUUUCAAAAAAAUUUUCAACUUUUGUUGAUUCAUUUGGUGUUGUACUGAACCUGUUUUAUAUUGAUCGCUUAAAUAUAAACUAUAUUGUCCAUUCCAUUGGCAAUUUGUCGAUCAUGUGACAUAUUUCUAUAUGUAAUUUUGCAAUUGUGUAAUAUCGUCUGAGUCGAGAUGUUAAAUUAAACAGGACUUGAGCCGAGUAACAUCAUAUGUAUUAUAGAUAUCAAAUGUGAUGCAGUAUGUUAGUGUUAAAUCAUCGCUAUUUAUUAUAUAUAAUAUUAUUUUAUAAUUUAUUUGUUUAUUAUAUGUAUGAGUUGAAAGUGAAACCGGUUGGUGAAAUUAAAACACACUAGAUACUA